AUGGCGAAGCGACUGCCGUUCAUAGGGAGAGCUUUCUGUAGCCUCGUUAUUGGAACAUUUGCGCAGAAGCGGAAGAUAUUUGAAGGUGUUUCUGCAAAUGCUACUUAUGAUUAUGUUGUUGUCGGUGGCGGUACGGCUGGCCUGGUGAUAGCUUCUCGCCUGUCCGAAUUUGCAUCAGUAGCCGUUCUGGAAGCUGGUGGCCGAUAUGAGCAGGACAAUGGUAAUCAAUCUGUGGUUCCAUAUUAUGGCCUCGUCAUGCCUGUGCUUGGCACAAACGAAGCAUAUCCUCCCCAGUCGCUCAUAGACUGGGACUCGUUGUCGACUGCGCAAUCCGCCGCUGGUAAUCGUCGCAUACACUGUGCACAGGGCAAAACGCUUGGAGGAAGUUCGGCGAUCAACACAAUGGCUUAUCAUAGGGGCACCGCUGGUUCAUACCAGCGCUGGGCAAAUUUGUCGACAACGCUCUUCAAGGCGCUCUUCAAGUAUCGUGGACUAAUAGGGUUGAUCCAGCCUAGAGUUGGCUCCAGCGGUAGCUUGAACGGUGGAGCUUGGGUGCCCACGACCCUCGACCCAAAACAUGUGACAAAGGGUACUUCUAAAAGCAGCUAUCUUGACGAAAAGGAAGUCAAAAGUAUAUUGCAACUGACCAUUUAUCUGCAUUCCCAAGCCAGCAGAGUGACAUUUGACAAGGACAAGAACGCCAUCGGUGUCGCACUGCUAUCAGAAAGAGACGAGUACGUGAUAUUAGCAAGGAAAGAGGCUGUUCUUCCGGCUGGUGUGUUUCACUCUCCGCAGCUCCUUAUGCUAUCCGGUGUUGGUUUUGCAGCAACUCUCUCAGAACACGCUAUACCGGUCGUAGCCGAUCUCCCCGGUGUAGGCCAGAAUCUUUGCGAUCAGAUCUUCUUCAGUGUGCUUCGCAGUAUCACCGUCCCAAGUACGGGAGCAUACCUCAGUACGGCCAUCCGACAGGCAAUAGCUCUCCGGAAGUAUUCAUCAAAUGUUUCGGGUCCAUACAGCUCGGCUGGUGGUUAUCUCUCUUUUGAGAAAUUACCGCUGGACUAUCGUGCGAACUUUUGGUCUCGAACGGAGGCAGCCCUAUCAGGGUUUCCGCCUGAUUGGCGAGAGACAGAAUAUAUCGCGUCAGGCUUCCCUAGCGGGGAUCCCGACUUCUCCGCCAUCGACGCGAUCAGCGACACACCUCUUACACCAUGCUCGCGAGGUAAUGUCUCGAUUCGUAGCGCAUCGAUUGUGGAUCAAUCCAUCAUCGACUUGGGCUGGCUUAAUGAUCCAGCAGAUGAAGAAGUCAUGGUCGCUGCAUUGAAGCGAGUGAGGGAAGCUUGGGACAGUCCUGCACUUGUUGGGAUAAUUGCCGGUCCAGAGAUCGCGCCCGGUCUUAACAUCACUACAACUGCGGACAUCUUGAACUUCAUCGAGCAAUACGCUCAACCCAUAUGGCAUGCAAGCUCUACAUGCUCGAGUGUCCGCCAUCCUAGAGAAGACAUCAUAGUCGCUGACCGAUAUCCAAAGCCUUAUCAGGAUCCUUACAUGAACCCUGCUCCACCUCGCAUCUCUCGCGAGAUCCAAGGCAACUUCCCUAUCGAAAAUGUGAAGCUCAUAGACCUUGAAUGUGGUGGCAAUACGACUGGCGGAGUUGUCGGAUCACGCCCCGCUCCUUUGCACGCUCCCGCGGCAGCUGGGUCGACUGUUAAUCUACGCUGGACAGCGUGGCCAGAGAGUCAUCAGGGUCCGGUGAUAACGUACAUGGCGAGAUGCCCUGACACUGGCUGCAACGACUACGUUCCCUCUUCUUCUUUGGCCCCAACUUGGUUCAAGAUCGCCGAGGAUGGCUUGCAUUCCACCGACCCAGAUUGGCUUAAGAACCAAUGGGGUAUGACAUCGCUCAUCAACGCACCAAAUGCCGGUGUCAACUACACGAUUCCAGCAUGCCUGAGGCCAGGCUUCUACCUUGUGCGUCAUGAAAUCAUUGCGCUGCACAGCGCGUAUAGCGAAGGGGGAGCGCAGUUCUAUCCAGGAUGUCACCAGCUAGAGGUUACUGGCGAUGGCGCGACAGUGCCGACAGCGGACCUGGUAAGCUUCCCAGGCGCAUAUGACAGUAAGGAUGCUGGUCUCGUAUACAGCAUCUACAACCAACUGCCGUACGAUAUUCCAGGACCUAAAGUGUUCGAGUGCGCAGCAGAGCUGAGGUAG